GUGCGAAGGACGGUUCACAAAAUUGCCACGUCAGACAUAACGGAUUUCAGCAUGGAUUCCCCUUCGCUCCAACUUGAACGUUUCCUCGCUCAAGUUGAUUCCUGGUAGUAUCAACCUUUUAUAGUGGACUAUAAACAAUGCUUCUUCCCUCGUUAAUAUGUCUACUAAUGACGCUGCCGGCGUUGGUAUCGGCCGCCAUCUUCCCACCAAAUACUAAGGUCAAGAUGCUGGAUACCAAGGGAUUCAAAAGGGCCAUGAGGAGCAACCGCACGGCCGUAGUCGCGUUUGUUGCUCCAUGGUGCGGGCAUUGCCAGAGGAUGGCCCCGGAAUAUAGCAAGGCUGCGGGAAGCCUCAACCCGCUUGUGCCAUUCUACGCGGCCUUGUGUGCCCAACAGGAAGUGCAAGGAUUCCCGACUAUCAAAGUAUUUCCUCGGGGUGGCCAAUUGCCUGCGCAAAAAUACGAGGCCGGUGAACGGACAGAGAACAAUUUUGUGAAGGUUUUUAAAGAAACAAAUGACGUGGAUGAAUGGCUCGGAAAGACAAGUGAUCUCCCUCGUGUGAUCCUCUUAAACAAAGACAAGAAAUUCCCGUUCCUCUGGCAAGUCCUCGCCAACAAUUACUACAAGAAGAUCGCGUUUGGCCAUCGCAGUGAUGCGGAUGAGGUUUUUGCAGAGUCAUUAGGAUUUGUGGCUGUAUAUCCCGCGGGAUCCCAAGGGGGAACAAGUUUGAAGUCAUUAUCCAAGUUCUUUAGGUCGAUAGUGGAUGGGACGGCCGACUUCUUACAAGAGUCGGUCAGACCUCCUGUCAAAGAUGAACUUUAGUUUUCUCGUAAUUGGUUAAUGACACCAGAAUCUCCUGGCAUUUCUUAUCAUUCCCUGGGC